GAUAGAUCCCUUUAGACGUACAUACUCAUUUUUCUUUACUUGUAUUUCAUCAAUUAUUAACUGUACCACCAGCUGGAUUAUUUUUAGUCGAACAGCUUGGUUGCUUCUCAAAUCAGUCAAAAUGCCGGACACAUACAAUUACGAGUACUUCAAUGUAACCUUUCCGGCCGAGUUCGUGGCACAGGUCGAAAUCAAUCGGCCAGAGAAGCUCAAUGCCUUCAUCCAAAAGAUGUGGUUGAACUUCUCCGCCAUUAUCAAGAAGCUCUCCCUGGACCCAGACUGUCGUGCUGUCAUUAUCAGUGGCGCUGGCCCGCGUGCUUUCACCGCAGGUCUUGAUGUCCAGGCUGCGUCACAGGGAACUCUGAAGAAGUCCGACACGGAUGUAGCUCGCAAAGCACGAAAGACCCGAGAGAGCAUCAUCGAGUUUCAAGAUUGCAUCACUGAUAUUGAGCGCUGCGGCAAGCCAGUCAUCAUCGUUUACCAUGGUAUCAGCUAUGGUUUGGGGAUUGACAUGGGUGUUGCAUGCGACAUCAGAAUAGCUACCAAGGACGUCAGGCUCAGCGUCAAGGAAGUCGAUAUCGGCCUCGCAGCUGACAUUGGCACAUUGACGAGACUUCCGAAGAGUGGUUGCAGUUUUUCGUGGGUAAAGGAGGUUGCGCUUACGGCAAGGGAGUUCUAUGCCGACGAAGCGUUAAGAGUCGGAUUCGUAUCGCACGUGGUUGAGAACAAAGAGGCUGGUAUUAAAAAAGCAAUCGAGAUUGCCAGCUUGAUCGCCUCAAAGUCACCUGUCGCUGUUUAUGGCACCAAAGAGCUUCUUAACUGGAGCAGAGACAGGCCCGUCGACGACGGUCUCAAGUAUACGGCCAUCUGGAACGCUGGCAUGAUUCAAACAUCGGAUGUGGAGAGAGCCAUGUUGUCAGGGCUACAAAAGCGGAAGCCUACAUUUGAGAAGCUAUGAAAGGAGACUGGAGUCCGAGACAAAUUUGAUUUCUGUGAGAACCCGUCGUCUCAUGUUCAUGUCAUUUAUGCUAUAGAAACUGCCUAUGAGGCAGGCAAGAAAUUUUAUGCCCGCGAGAAGAACAA